AUGGUGUCCCGCUCCAGCGAAGCCAGUGAGGGGCAGCGCCCCCUCACCCCCUCCAGGACGCCCGGCACACCCAUGAAACCGCGAUUGGCCCGAGUCAGCAACAGCCCAACGAAACGAGACGAGAAACCGAAGGAAGAUAAAGUACUGAAAUCGUCAGCCAUGGAUGUUGCGGAGCUCAAGGACUACCAAUUGGGUGACUGUCUGGGGAAAGGUGCCUUCGGAUCGGUUUAUCGAGCAUUGAACUGGAAUACUGGUGAGACUGUUGCAGUGAAGCAAAUCAAGUUGACGGACCUCCCCAAAACUGAAUUGCGUGUUAUCAUGCUGGAAAUCGAUCUGCUGAAAAACCUCGAUCACCCAAAUAUUGUCAAGUACCAUGGAUUCGUGAAGUCGGCGGAAACCUUAAACAUUAUCCUAGAAUACUGCGAAAAUGGCUCGUUGCACUCCAUCGCCAAGAACUUUGGCCGGUUUCCCGAGAACUUGGUUGGUUUGUAUAUGUCCCAGGUUCUGCAUGGACUCUUGUAUCUGCACGAACAAGGUGUGAUCCAUCGAGAUAUCAAGGGGGCCAACAUCUUGACCACGAAGGAAGGCCUUGUCAAGCUAGCUGAUUUCGGCGUGGCUAGUCGCACUACGGGGUUGAGCGAGUCGAGCGUAGUCGGGACGCCAUAUUGGAUGGCCCCGGAGGUCAUCGAGCUGUCGGGAGCAACAACUGCGUCGGACAUUUGGAGCUUAGGAUGUACUGUCAUCGAGUUGCUCGAGGGCAAGCCGCCUUACCACAGCCUACAGCCCAUGCCCGCGCUGUUCCGCAUUGUCAACGAUGACCACCCUCCUCUUCCCCAAGGUGCUUCGCCGGCCGUGAAAGACUUCUUGAUGCAAUGCUUCCAAAAGGAUCCUAAUCUUCGAGUAUCGGCUAGAAAGCUUCUGAAGCACCCGUGGAUUGUCAAUGCUCGCCGGAGUGAUUCAGUCGUCCCUAAGAAGUCUACAGAGUAUGAAGAGGCUGUUAAGAGUGUUCAGGAAUGGAAUGAAGCUUUGCGGUCUCCCGGUGCUGGUACCUCAAGAAAGUCUAACAGGUUUGAUCCUAAUUCGGGACCAUUACCUGCUGCCCGUAGCAGCUCCCUUGUGGAUACGCUGCCAUCACCCACAUCCAUCAAGACUGCUGAUCGAUUCCGGUCUCCAGCCUCAAAUGAGGAUGAUAACUGGGACGACGACUUUGUCACCGCUAUAUCCCCAAGUGCACUGCAGCUGCCUCAUCUGAGGCCUCAUGAUAACUUCGGUGGGAAGCUUUCCUCCGAGAAGCUCAAGGCGUUUGCAUCCCUGGAUGGAACUAUGCUCAGAACGGACGACAGCUUCGAUGAAUUUGAGGAUAACUCGCAUGGGUCAAUCCAAGCUGAGAAUGAUCCCCUACAGACAAUUCGCCCAUAUUCGGCCAAGGCAGCAUCGGCUGAGCCGACCAAGUCUCGCGGCUCUACAAGGCGCCAACCCAGCAAGGUGCAGCAGGCAUCAGCCCUGCAAAAUGUUCCCAUCUUGACUCAAACCCCUGCGCCUCCGGUAAGACGAACCCGUCCAGCCGCUCUCUACAAGGAGAACUCUGUGGAGGAUUACACCGACCUCAUCAUGGCCAACGAGGAUGUUCUCGAUCGGAAGCUAGGAGUAUUCCAGGAGCUUGAUGAUGACCCUGCCUCGCCAACUCACGACAAAGACUGGCACUUUGACGAUGAGUUGUCAGGCCAUCACCCACAGUUGCGGAAACAGCUCUCUGUGAAGCGUGAUCGUUCCGCUAUCGAGAUCCAAAAAUUCGCCGAGAAUGAGAAUGAUGAAGACUUCUCCGAUAUUCUUGGGGCUGAUCAGGUGGCCCUAGAUAAGCCAGAGAGUGAUGAUGGUUCCGAUCAAAGUACUCUCAUGCUCAACUCCAAAUUGUCGAAUAAUUCCUGGCUCGGCGAUCAGGACGAUGACGACGAUCCUUUCGCACAAUUAGAAGAAGGCUUCGACGAAAUGGAUUUGGAAGCCAACAUUGCCCGUGACAAGUAUGCUCGUCUCCGGAAUCAAGUUGAAGGGCUGGUGGGUUCUCUAAAGACUUCUCAGGAUGAGGAUGUUCUAGCAGAGAUCUCCGAACAGCUGCUCACGAUCUUCUGUGAUCUUCCGGAGACAAAGAACAUCAUCAUUAGCGCUCACGGCAUGCUUCCUAUCCUCGAGAUUCUCGACACCUCACGUCGCCGUGACAUUGUUUUCUGUCUUCUCAGAGUGGUGAACGCCAUUAUCUACAAUGACUAUGAGAUUCAAGAGAACCUAUGCUUCGUCGGUGGCAUCCCGAUUGUCAAUGAAUUCGCAUCGAAGAAGUAUCCCCGCGAGAUCCGUCUGGAAGCGGCUGCUUUUGUGCAGCAAAUGUACCAGACGUCUACCCUCACACUCCAGAUGUUUGUUUCUGCCGGUGGUCUCAAUGUCUUGGUUGAGUUUCUGGAGGAUGACUAUGAAGAUGAGCGUGACUUGGUGCUGAUCGGAGUGAACGGUAUCUGGAGUGUGUUUGAACUUCAAGGCUCCACGCCGAAGAACGACUUUUGCAGAAUUUUGUCCCGCAACUCUGUGCUAGACCCGCUUUCUCUCGUCCUGAGUCGAGUCCUGGACGAGGAAGGAGAGCUGGCCGAGGUCAUCGAGGGUCGAAUCGCGAACAUCUUCUUCAUUUUCUCGCAGGCCGAGAAUCAUGUGAAAGAGAUGGUGGCAGAGCGAACUGUUUUGCAUCGGGUCUUGAAAGAACUUCGACGAAUGUCGCCCGUCCACCAAGUCACCAUGUUGAAGUUCAUUAAGAACCUGUCCAUGCUGUCGACGACUCUGGACUCGCUUCAGAACUCCAACGCCAUCGACGUGCUCACCGAACUCCUCCAGUCCACCAUGAAACGGAGCCACUUCCGCGAGGUUUCGAACCAAAUCCUCAACACGAUUUACAACAUGUGCCGUCUGAACAAGACUCGACAAGAAGAUGCCGCUCUCAACGGCAUCGUUCCUCUGCUCCAGAAGAUCGUCAAAACCGAGCGGCCCCUGAAAGAAUUUGCGCUGCCCAUUCUGUGCGACAUGGCGCAGUCUGGUAAGGUCGGUCGCCGAGAGUUGUGGCGCAAUAAGGGCCUCGCAUUCUAUAUCUCUCUGCUUGCGGAUCCGUACUGGCAGGUCACUGCUUUGGAUGCUAUCUUCACAUGGCUUCAAGAAGAAACUGCCAAGGUUGAAGAGCAUCUUUUGGAGAACCAGCAUGACAAGACGUCUUUCACAGAUGCUAUCGUACGAUGCUUGACACUCUCCAAAGCAAAUGCCUUUGAGAACCUUCUCGAGCCACUGCAAAAGCUUCUGCGGCUGAGUCCCCCCGUGGCAUCAACCUUGGCUCGCGCCGACCUGUUCACCAGACUGGGACAGAAGCUCCACCACAAUAAAGCCGCCAUUCGACUCAACCUCCUGCGUAUUAUCUCCAGCAUCUGUGAUUCUAGCGAGCAAGGAGGCGGCCUAUUGGCCACCUAUGGUCUUCUGGAUGCGAUCCGGGAGCUUGAGAACGAUCCCGCCAUUCUGGUGCGAGACAUGGCUGGGAAGCUAGUUCAAUCUAGCGAACGGAACAACAAUUCCCUCGGUCUCAUGCGCAGACCUACUAGCCGCCGAAAGAGCACUUCCACAUCCAGCCCCAAUCCAUUCGCCAGCUCUACACCUUCCACCCCGUCAGCCAAUCGUACGAGCCAGUCUCGUGCCUUUCUCGAGGGCCGUGAAACACCCCGCCACCCUCGAAAUGCCCUCAGUGCCUCUUCUCUGGCUCUCCGACCAGGUAGCCGUGAUGGCAGUACUUCGUCUCUAGGUUCCGCUCUCAAUGGCGCUGCUCCGGCUGCUCGUCCGCGAAUGCCUCGUGGCAUGUCCAACCGUCUCUCGCAAAUUGAGAUGCUUCAAGAUGAGGAGAAACCUUCAAGUUCUCUCAAUCGCCGACCGUCUAUCAUUCCUCGUCGCCGACGCCCUACUAUUGCCGACUCCGAGUGGACGUGA